GUCCCUAUCCUACUUGGAAGUUUCUGUGAUCUGUGCUGGAAUUAGCCCCGAAAAUCUGACUAAGUGUCGUCACAUACCCGGAAGUGUAGGAAGCGUGUGAAUGGAGAGCCCUUGUCAGUGAUUAAACUGAGUAUUUAUACCUCCAUUAAACUUGGCAAACAUCAGAAUCCACUUGACAAAGGCCUUGGUGCCGAAACGUUGGGGCUAUUCUCAUUCCUUUGGUAUUACACUGAGAGCAUCUGGCAAAGAAGCGGAAUGAGCCCAGUGCUGCAGAGCCCUGGGGGAGAACAUUACUCUAGUCUGUCAUGGGGAGCAGGGAAUCCUCCUUCAGCUCCAGUGGGCUCCCCGCCUAUCUGGAAAAAGGUGUUAUACGAGCAUCAGCCAUUCCCUGAUAAUUAUGUAGAUAACCGCUUCCUGGAGGAACUGAGGAAGAACAUUUAUGUACGUCGGUAUCACUACUGGGCAGUGGUGUUUGAAGCUGGAGUUGUAAUCCAACAGCUCUGCAGUGUUUGUGUCUUCUCUGUUAUAUGGUGGUACAUGGACCAGGAUUUGCUGUCUCCUCAGAAGCUGUGUGGGGUCAGCUUGCUUCUCACACUCCUUGGCUACAUAUUGUUUGAUGCUGUAGACAAAGGAGAAGGAAGAAGAGACAGUGGACGAACGCACUGGGCUGAUCUGAAGAGCGCACUUGUAUUUGUAGCAUUUACUUAUGGGUUUUCCCCAGUGCUUAAAACACUGACUGAAUCUAUUAGCACCGACACAAUUUAUGCUAUGUCAGUCCUUAUGCUUCUUGGACACCUGGUCUUUUUCGACUAUGGAGCCAAUGCCGCUGUAGUUUCUAGUACUCUUUCCAUAAACAUGGCCAUUUUUGCUUCUGUUUGUCUUGCCUCGCGACUUCCACGGUCCCUUCAUGCUUUUGCUAUGGUCACUUUUGCCAUCCAGAUUUUUGCUCUGUGGCCCAGCUUGCAAAGAAAGCUGAGGGCUAACACUCCUCGAACAUACAUAGGCGUAACCUUUCUCUUUGCCAUUCUUACCAUGGCUGGACUAUUGAGCAUUUCGGGUGUGGGGGCUUUGCUGUUUUUUCUUCUCCUCCUCUCCGUGACAUUUUUAUGUCCAUACUGCCUAAUUCGGCUGCAGCUUUUUAAAGAUAACAUUUAUGGACCAUGGGAUGAAGCAGAAAUUAAAGACGACCUUUCUCGCUUCCUUAAUUAGAAAUGUGCAAAUCAAUAUGACGCACUUCUGACAGCUUUGUAACUAAGAAUAAAGGCAGAAUUUCUGUUUUUAACCAUUAUUAGGGAAUAUUUUACUAGAUAUUUUGAUUUUAUGUUUGUGGGGUUGAUCAGUCAUUUCUUAGUAAUCAUUUUCUUUUUAAUCUCAUAUUUAUUUACAUCCAUAUUCCACAUGUGGGUUUAUAGACUUUACUAGGUCAAUACCAGCUCAAUACUGACCAAUUAUCCACCUAUAUAGUUUGUAUUUGGCAAAUGACUGCACAAUUCUGUUUUUAAUAAAAAAAAAAAUGCUA